GUGCCCACCCGGAGACCCCAGCGCAGAAUCGCCUCUGAAUCCCCAGCAGUCAGCGGAGUGCUGGAGGUUGGCUCGGGCCCCCGCCCUCCGCGGUCCCCACGGGAAGGAAGCACCCCCCGUAUUAAAGAGAGCAGAGCGGAAAGAAGCUGUUAGUCGCCGGCCGAGAGGCGAGCCGAUGCCCGGCUGCACCGCGUCCACCAUGCCGGGGAUGAUCUGCAAGAACCCAGACCUCGAGUUUGACUCGCUGCAGCCCUGCUUCUACCCGGACGAAGAUGACUUCUACUUCGGCGGCCCCGACUCGACCCCCCCGGGGGAGGACAUCUGGAAGAAGUUUGAGCUGCUGCCCACGCCCCCGCUGUCGCCCAGCCGUGCCUUCCCGGAGCACAGCCCGGAGCCCCCGAACUGGGCCACCGAGAUGCUGCUGCCUGAGGCCGACCUGUGGGGCAACCCGGCCGAGGAGGACGCGUUCGGCUUGGGGGGACUGAGCAGCCUCACCCCCAACCCGGUCAUCCUCCAGGACUGUAUGUGGAGCGGCUUCUCCGCCCGCGAGAAGCUGGAACGCGCCUGCGGCGGUGACCACAAGGCCCUCAGCACCUCGGGAGACGACACCCUGAGCGACUCAGACGAUGAAGAUGACGAAGAGGAAGACGAAGAGGAGGAGAUCGACGUUGUCACUGUGGAGAAGCGGCGUUCUUCCUCUAACAACAAGGCUGUCACCACAUUCACCAUCACGGUGCGGCCCAAGAACGGAGCCCUGGGCCCAGGGAGGGCCCCGUCCAGUGAGCUGAUCCUCAAACGCUGUGUCCCCAUCCACCAGCAGCACAACUAUGCCGCCCCGUCUCCCUACGUGGAGAGUGAGGAUGCGCCUCCCCAGAAGAAGAUCAAAAGCGAGGUGUCCCCACGUCCCCUCAAGAAUGUCAUCCCCCCAAAGGCUAAGAGCUUGAGCCCCCGCAACUCUGACUCGGAGGACAGCGAGCGUCGCCGCAACCACAACAUCCUGGAGCGCCAGCGCCGCAAUGACCUGCGGUCCAGCUUCCUCACGCUCAGGGACCACGUGCCGGAGCUGGUGAAGAACGAGAAGGCCGCCAAGGUGGUCAUUUUGAAAAAGGCCACCGAGUACGUCCACUCCCUUCAGGCUGAGGAGCACCAGCUUUUGCUGGAAAAGGAAAAACUGCAGGCGAGACAGCAGCAGUUGCUAAAGAAAAUCGAACACGCUCGGACUUGCUAAACGUUGCUCAGAACUGGACAGUCACUGCCACUUUGCACAUUUUGAUUUUUUUUUUUUUAAACAAACAUUGUGUUGACAUUAAGAAUGUUGGUUUACUUUCAAAUCGGUCCCCUGUCGUGUUUGGAUCUGGGUGGGGAGCAGGACAUGUAGGGGGUUCAGCCAGGACCUCGGAGAGCCUGCGUGAUGGGAUGCCGGGUGGCCCUUCUGGUUCUCUCCACCUCGCCUCCGUGACAGCAGUAGACUUGUGUGAGGAUUGGAGCCUCUGGGGCUGCUGAAGUCACCUUGUUCAAGUUUCCAAACAACAGAAAGUCAUUCCUUCUUUUUAAAAUGGUGCUUAAGUUCCAGCAGAUGCCAUGCAAGGGGUUGCCAUUUGAUACCCCUGGGGAACAUUUCUGUAAAUACCAUUGACACACCCGCCUUUUGUAUACGUCCUGGGUAAUGAGAGGUGGAUUUUGCGGCCAGUAUUAGACUGGAAGUUCAUACCUAAGUACUGUAAUAAUACCUCAAUGUUUGAGGAGCAUGUUUUGUAUACAAAUCUAUUGUUAAUCUCUGUUAUGUACUGUACUAAUUCUUACACUGCCUGUAUACUUUAGUAUGAUGCUGAUACAUAACUAAAUUUGAUACUUAUAUUUUCGUAUGAAAAUGAGUUGUGAAAGUUUUGAGUAGAUAUUACUUUAUCACUUUUGGAACUAAGAAACUUUUGUAAAGAAAUUUACUAUAUAUAUAUGCCUUUUUUCCUAGCCUGUUU